GGCUUCAAAUCUCUGUAAGAUGCAAGAAAUAGUAAUGAUCUUUACAAACAAAAGCAUGGCCGCUCUUAAGAUGGUUAGCAUUGUUGUUGUUGUGUGCAUGUUGGUGGCAGCUCCAAUGACUGCACAAGCCAUAACUUGUGGUCAAGUGACAAGCGCCCUCGCCCCAUGUGUUAGAUACCUCAAGAGUACUGGGGGUUCCCCUCCAGGACCAUGCUGCAAUGGGGUGAGGACCAUCAACGGUGCUGCUAAAACCACCGUCGACCGUCGUGCCGCUUGUCAGUGCUUCAUCAAGGGGAUCAACCCCAACACCGCAGGGGCUCUCCCUCGUAACUGCGGAGUUAACAUUCCUUACAAGAUCAGCCUCUCCACACACUGCGCCAAUGUCAAGUGA